AUUGUUAUUGUGUUUGUGCAAAUAGAGGGGCCAAAGUGUUAAAAUCAAUUAAAAGUCGAAAGAGGGGACUAACUCUUUUACUAUAUAAAUUCAGCUGUAGGGAGCCCUAGUCAGUCACCUCCUGAUAACAAAUCAUGAAGGUGUUCGUUUGCGCUCUGGUAGUGUGCGUGGCUGCUAACGUUGCCCAAGGUGGUCACCUCGGAGGCGGCGGCGGUGGCGGCGGCUGGCAAUCUGGCGGAGGGGGAGGCGGCUGGCAGUCUGGUGGAGGCGGCGGUAAUGGAGGCUGGAAACCUCUUGGAGGCGGAGGAGGGGGCGGCGGUGGCUGGCAGUCCGGCGGAGGUGGAGGCGGAUGGCAAUCUAGCGGAGGCGGCGGUGGAUGGCAAUCCGGAGGCGGCGGCCAUGGCGGUGGCGGCGGCGGAGGCGGAGCUCCAAUUGUGAAAAUUAUUAAAAUUAUUGUGCCCAAUGGCGGAGGCGGUGGAGGUCAUGGAGGUAGCGGCGGUGGAUACGGAGGUGGUGGCGGUUUCGGAGGCGGUGGCGGCGGAUGGAAAUCCGGAGGAGGUGGUGGUGGUGGAUGGUAAUCUACCCCGAACAACUCCAAUCAAGUGUAUCAAGUCCGCACAACGUUUUGCAUUUGGUUUUUGUACUUUUGUAAAUUUGUAAAUAUUUUUUUUACUUACAUUGCUGUAAAUAAAUUUGAUUUGCUUAUAUAA